AUGGAUCGGGUGCGGCAGAUAUUCGAGCGCGAGGACUCCUCAGCCGCGUAUGAACCGCUACAGGGGGGCUCUGAGCGGCCAGAUGGCGAGCACAUCCAAGCAGAGGAACACGCAUUCUCAUGGACCGACUAUGCCGUCUUCACGCUGCUGGGCGUCUCUAUGCUAUGGGCUUGGAACAUGUUCCUGGCAGCAGCCCCGUACUUCCAGCGACGCUUCGAGUCCAGCGAUAAUCUGCUCCGCAACUUCCAGUCUUCCAUUCUAUGCGUCUCCACCGUAGGCAACCUAGGCUCCAUGAUGGUCUUGACCAAGCUCCAGGCCCGUGCCAACUACCCCAAGCGUAUCAUCGCAUCCCUCGCCCUCAACGCCCUUGUCUUCACCUUGCUCGCUAUAUCCACAAAGUUCUUCUUGAACCUAUCCGUUGGUGUCUACUUCGCCUUCCUCAUGCUCAUGGUCUUGAGCGCUAGCCUAGCGACAGGGCUCUGUCAGAACGGUGUCUUUGCAUACGUAUCGGGAUUCGGAAGAGAAGAGUAUACACAAGGAAUCAUGUCUGGCCAGGGCAUCGCUGGCGUCCUGCCUUCCAUUACCCAGAUCAUAUCCGUCCUAUCCGUGCCCAAAAAGCAGCACGCCCACGGAGCACCGCAAGAGUCAAGCACGUCUGCUUUCAUCUACUUCCUAACCGCUACUGCUGUUUCUGCUGUAACCCUGGUAGCAUUCUUCUACCUCCUUUCUCGGGCUAGCUCCAAGCAGCGCUUAUCGCACCCUUCACUCAAUCAAGGACCAGAAUACGACCCGGCUCACAGCGAGCGCAAGAGCAUACCACUAACAAGAUUGCUCAGGAAGCUCUUUUGGCUCGCCGGCGCUGUCUUUCUCACUUUCACAAUCACCAUGUUCUUCCCAGUCUUCACGCCACAAGUGCUGAGCGUGCGCGACCCUUCAACUGCACCUCGUCUUUUUCAGCCGGCGACUUUCAUACCUCUAGGCUUCUUCUUCUGGAACCUUGGUGACCUUAUGGGCCGAGUAGGACCCGCUCUACCUGCCCUACGUCUUACGCAUCGCCCGCGCCUCCUAUUCGUCUUGUCUAUUGCGCGAGUAUUCUUCAUACCCUUGUACUUUCUCUGUAAUAUCGGUGGAAGGGGCGCCGCUAUCAACUCCGAUUUCUUUUACUUGUUUGUUUUACAAUUACUCUUUGGCAUGACAAAUGGCUACUUGGGGAGCAACUGCAUGAUGGGUUUCGCAGAGUGGGUUGAGCCGGAAGAACUUGAGGCAGCAGGGAGCUUUAUGUCAUUGUCACUAGUUGGUGGUCUCACCACGGGAAGCUUCUUGAGCUUCUUUGCUGCACAGUCCUCAUGCCAGCUCCACCUUCGCACUGCUCAGCAGAAACAGGACGGUGGGAAAUUCAAAAAACCCAAAUAUAGCUGGACGGAGAAGACGGCACAGAACAAUGCUUUCCUCCAGCCCGAAGAGUCAGGCAGCACAUACGAGGUGGUAGAACUAGAAGCUGCAGAUGGCUCACGAUGGAAGACCAAGCUAGUCCAUAGCACUUCUUGUGAGGAGGACGUUCGUAUCGCUGGUCACAGCCAUAUCAAAGAGGUCGCUCUGCAGCACCGGAUGGAAGAAGCUAGGAAGCAUAUAGACGAGCUCAAAGAAGCAGAGAUCACGGUAAUGGGAGCUCCAAAGUCUCUAUGGAAUGACGAGGAACCCAAUGAUGACUUAUUUGAUAGUAUCUUCUACAUUGUACACAAGCCGGUGAUGCUCGGUGAUGGGACUAGGAUCACCAUGACUAGUCACGACCAUGGCAACCAUAAAUACACCGAUGUUCGCGUCAUAACUUCCGGGACUAGGCUCGGAGAAGAGUGGAAGGUCGAGCUCGAACACUAUGUUCAGCAAGACAUCGAAAUCGUCGGCUGGUACAAUACGCUAGAAGCCGCUGCAGAGAAGUUGACAAACAGCUUACUGGAUAACAAUAAUGCACAUGAGCAAUACGGGAACUUCACCGCAUUCUGCCGCAUCAAGUCAACCCAGACGAAUUUUGACGAGUCAACAUCCCAAGCCAAGACGUCCCACUGGUAUGAGAUCAUCCGUGUCAAUCUUGAACACGAAAAUACGUAUGACGUGUCGUGGCGCGAGAAAGCCCGUUCGUCUCAUCUGGAGGCCUCGAAAAGAAUUGGUAUCCUCUCGAUGAAGAUGAGAAGCCAGGGGCUUACUCAGUCGGAAUCAAAUGAGCUAGACGGGUUGCACAUGGGCUUGGGAUACUUAGUUGUUGCAAAGGACGGUUUAGAGGAAGUUGUGAGGUAUGUAAGGAAGAGGGAGGAGGAAAGCAAAGGGGUGGAGGAGUGUAUCUAG